GCUUCCAGAGUAACUGGACAAAUUCACCAUUUCGGAGAUGGUGACAGUUUGGUAAAAUGGAUCCAGGAGGGACAACUAGGUGGUGCAGUGGAUAGAGCACCAGCCCUGAAGUCAGGAGGACUUGAGUUCAAAUUUGACCUCAGAUACUUAAUACUUCCUAGCUGUGUGAUCCUGGGCAAGUCACUUAACCCCAAUUGCCUCAGGGAGGAAAAAAACAAAAAAUGGACCCAGGAAUAUUGAGUAGAAGGGGAAAAGAGAGAACAAAAGUUCUCAAACAUUAAUGGGAAUAUGUGACAAGAAAGUGAAUAACCAAGAACCAUUUUUGUCUGAAGGCUGUCCAGCUAGGUCACAUUUUAGACAAAUCCUGUGGCUUUGUAGACAGCAAGGGAAAGGCUAUUGAAGUCAUAGCAAACAAUCUCUUUAUUGGUUGUAAGGAAAAAAAGGAUUUUUUUGUAUUUUUAAUAUUUCAGGUUAUGCCUUAGAUUAGUAGAAUCAUGAAGAGAGCAGGUCUAAGAUGAAGGACUAAGGUAGACUGCAGAUGAUGGAAAGACAGGAUGAAAGGGAUUGGUAGGUGGGCACAACAACUGGAUCAUUUCAUGGUUUCCCUCCACCCUCUGCUGCUUCUCUGACAGAUGACCUUUAUUCCUCAGAUGUCCCUGAGAAUAUAGAUUGCCAAAUAUUCCUAGUCCCUAUUAGAUCUGUGGUUCUCCACAAUGAAUUGAGAAUGGCAUGUUCUUAUACUUACAUUGACAUUAUUUUGUUUCCCAGAGCCCAGAGAGAAGCUAUUUGUCACUGGUGUCCAGUACAGUGGCAACUUAGUGACAUGACAAAGAGACAGCGUUUAAUCCCCAGAACCAGGAACCAUCUGUAGUGAAGUCAUCCUCUAAGGUGAAUGAUGGCUAUGGCCUCAGGCUGCCACGUACAAGCUCUGCAGAAAAACUCUACCUGGAGUCAGAAAACUGCCCUUCAGGUGGAAGGAACAGCUGACUCGGAAGUCUUCCGUCAGCAUUUCAGGCAGUUUUGCUACCAAGAGGUGGCUGGGCCCCAUGAAGCUUUUAGUACACUUUGGGAACUUUGUUGUAGGUGGUUGAGGCCCAAGACAAACUCAAAAGAACAAAUCUUAGAAAUGCUGGUCCUGGAGCAGUUCCUAACCAUUCUGCCUGGGGAGAUCCAGGUCCAGGUGAGGGAGCAUCAUCCAGAAAAUGGUGAGGAGGCUGUGGCCCUUGUUGAGGACUUGCAGAAAGAAACUGAGAGACCAGAACAACAGGGCUAUUCCCAGUUUCCAGUCAGUGUGCAAAACCCAGAAGUUCUUGUGGAGAAGAUAGUGUCUCUGGGAACAGCACAGGAGUCCAUGAACUACCACCUAAAGCAAGAGGAGAACCAGCAGGAAAAAGAUCCUUCAAAAGAUGCAUCAUGGAGCCUUCAUCAGAGACCACAGAAACAGAUAGACUAUGAACAGGAGCCUCCAGUCAGAGCAGACACAAUCAAGCUGGCUCCCCAGGUUUCUGCCUUUCCCUGGGAGAGAAGGAAGAUAAACCAGGAAAUGGAAGCUGUAAUCCUUACAACUGGCUUUCAGGAACCAGUCACGUGUGGAGAUGUGACCAUGCCCUUCUCCCAGGAAGAGUGGAGGUGUUUGAAUUCUGCUCAGAGGGUCCUCUACAGGGGUAUCAUGCAGGAGAAUUGCAGAAAUGUGGACUCAUUGGGACUUUCCAAGCCUCUUCUGAUCUCUGAGGUGGAGCAUGGAAAAGAUAUAUGUCUUCCAGAUCUUCAGGGUUCCAAGGAGACAGAAAUCCUAAGUAGCUCCCAUACAUAUGAAGACCAAGUACAAACUGAGAAACGAGCAAAGAGAGAAGGGAAAAACUGGGGAGGUCAGAGGCAACAGCGGGACUUGGGGGAUGAGAAAAUUAUAGAAGUCAAGAAUGAGAUUAAAGAGGAGGAUCUAAAAUGGGAAUAUUCAGAAAAAGAGCAGCUGAGCAGAACAAUACCAGGAAGAUUUAAUCGACAAAUUUUCCAAUAUCCUGUUUUGAAAGAAGCUUGUGAGACUGUGAGCAAGUUAAGAAAACAACUUAUAAAUUUUCCACGAGAGAGACAAGGCAAACCAGAUUUCCAUGAGAGAGAUUUAAUGAAAAAACUAGAUCAACAGAAACUUUGUAUUGGAGAAAAACACUAUAAACAACUUGCAUGUGGAAACAGCUUCUCUAAAAAUUCCCUCAAAUCAGUCCCUGAAUUAGAAAAGACUACUAGAUGUCAUGAGUGUGGGAAAAGUUUCAGUCGUGGUUCUUAUCUUGUUAGGCAUCAGAGAAUCCACACAGGUGAGAAACCCCACAAAUGCAAUGAAUGUGGGAAAAGUUUCAGUGAGCGUUCCAACCUCACUGCCCACCUGAGGACCCAUACUGGAGAGAGGCCCUACAAGUGUGGCGAAUGUGGGAAAAGCUUCAAUCAGAGCUCAAGCCUCAUUGUCCACCAGAGAACCCACACAGGAGAAAAGCCAUAUCAGUGUAAUGAGUGUGGGAAAAGGUUCAACAAUAGCUCCCAGUUUAGUGCUCAUCGACGAGCUCACACUGGGGAAAGUCCAUAUAAAUGUAGGGAAUGUGGGAAAAGCUUCAAUAAUAGUUCCCAUUUCAAUGCCCAUCAGAGAACACAUACUGGUGAGAAGCCCUAUGAAUGUCCUCAGUGUGGGAAAAGCUUCAGUAAAAGUUCUGCCCUUACUAGACAUCAGGGAGUUCAUAUGAGAGAGAAGUUUCUGAUUCAGUCAAGGCUUAAUGUUCUUGAGAGAAACAUAUCAUAAAUAUUUGCUUGGAGGAAAGAAUGAUAGAGAAUUCUUAAAUCACAGCUGGCUAACAGGUGCUUGUUAAGCUUUUCUUAACAUUUCCACUAAGUCUGAACCAUAUUCUAAGACUAUCUUUGGUUGGCUUUGUAUAGUACAGGAAUAGAUUCAAGAAACCUGGGCCAUACAGUUCAGCUCUGACUAAAAUAUGCCCUACUGUUACAUAGUUUCUUUCAGUAAUGCAAAGGAAUGUGACCCAUGAUUUCAUCGGCAUAGAACUUUCCUUCUGUGAUCCCACAUGCACUUAAAAAGAUACGCAGACUGACCAGUGGAGGUGAAAAGGUCAGUCUUGAUAGGAAUUUUUUUGGUGGUUUUAGAAUUAUGAUUCCAUCAGUGUAUACAACCCCUAAUGUGUAAACUCCUUCUACCAGUACAGAAUAAGCAAGUUGUGUUUAACUUUAGAUUCUUAGAAAUUGCUUGGGUCCCUGAAAGAUUGUGACUUGCCUGUGGUAUCCCAAUUACCUGUGACUUGUACCCAGGUCUUCCUGACUCCAAGGCCAAAAUAUGUGGGAUCAUAUAUCUUUCAGAUAGGGUAGUUAAUAAUAUAGCAUAUUUCCUCCUCCUUAUUUGAAUAUGCAUUUAGAAUUAAGCCAUAGGUAACCAGUAAUUCAGUUUCAGGUUCCCAAGGAUCAUUGGCACAGUGAUCUACUGAGUAAACUGCUUAGAAGGAAUACUAAAAUAUCAUCAACAAAAUGGGAUGGGAAACCCAUAUAGAAUGAUUUGAUCUUGGAAUAUAUGUAAUAUUUGGAUUUGCCUUUUUAAAAAUUGAAAUGAAAUAAAAUGUAGUGAUUCUUUAUUUUUGGCCCAAUUCUAGCCUUUUAAGUUAAAAAUGUGGCUGCUAGGAAUUGGCUUGCCUUUCCUUCAACAAAUGUUUUGUAAACAUUACUAUUUCUGAUGAAAAUAAAAGUCUCUCCCAA